GUGUAUAUAUAUUUGGGGAUAAUCCUUCUGUUAAGAAUUGCUUUGUGUUUUUGCCAACGCUCUUCUAAAUCUAACCCAACCACCCCUUUGAAAACACCCUGACGACACUCGCUACCUACGGUCAAACCACGAAUUCUCCUUAACUUGAGUCAAACUCGUUCUUCUACUCACUCUUUUCACCUUCCUUAGAUCUCUGAUUCAAAAGGAGCGUCGAAAAAUCAGGAUGAAGGCACUUAUUCUUGUCGGAGGGUUUGGUACUCGGCUGAGGCCAUUGACUCUUAGUGUCCCAAAGCCACUGGUUGAAUUUGCCAACAAGCCCAUGAUUUUGCAUCAGAUCGAGGCUCUCAAGGCUGUUGGAGUGACUGAAGUGGUCUUGGCUAUUAACUACCAGCCCGAGGUGAUGCUGAACUUCUUGAAAGAAUUUGAGACAAAACUUGGGAUAAAGAUCACAUGUUCUCAAGAAACUGAACCACUUGGGACUGCAGGUCCCCUUGCUUUGGCUAGAGACAAGCUGGUAGAUGAUUCUGGUGAGCCGUUUUUUGUUCUUAACAGUGAUGUUAUCAGUGACUAUCCUUUCAAGGAGAUGAUUGAAUUCCACAAAUCCCAUGGAGGUGAGGCUUCUUUAAUGGUGACUAAGGUGGAUGAGCCUUCGAAAUAUGGUGUUGUUGUCACGGAAGAAUCCACUGGCCAAGUUGAGAGAUUUGUGGAAAAGCCUAAGUUAUUUGUUGGCAACAAGAUCAACGCUGGAAUUUACCUGCUGGACCCUUCCAUUCUUGACAGAAUUCAAUUAAGACCAACAUCUAUCGAGAAAGAGAUUUUCCCAAAAAUUGCAGCGGAGAAAAAGCUAUAUGCGAUGGUCCUACCUGGGUUUUGGAUGGACAUUGGACAGCCAAGGGACUACAUCACUGGCCUUAGACUCUACCUAGAUUCUUUAAAGAAGAAAUCUUCACCGAAACUGGCAUCAGGUUCUCACAUUGUUGGAAAUGUCUUAGUGGAUGAAACUGCAACAAUAGGAGAAGGAUGCUUGAUUGGACCAGAUGUUGCGAUAGGCCCUGGUUGCGUGAUUGAGUCUGGGGUCAGACUCUCACGUUGCACUGUGAUGCGUGGAGUCCGUGUUAAGAAACACGCAUGCAUCUCAAGUAGCAUUAUUGGUUGGCACUCAACUGUUGGACAAUGGGCUCGUGUCGAGAACAUGACCAUUCUCGGUGAAGAUGUCCACGUUUGUGAUGAAAUUUACAGCAAUGGUGGAGUAGUCUUACCCCACAAGGAGAUCAAAUCUAGCAUCCUGAAACCGGAAAUAGUGAUGUGAGAGUAAUUUCUAGUGCUAGAAAGCAGUAAGUUAUAUGUUCAGUUUGUUCAAAAUGUAUUUGUCCUUUUCCUUUAUUUGGUUUUCUAUUUCCUCCUCUUCAAUUGUAAAAGUAGGGGAAUGUUGAGUGAUGUAAGGUGAUGUGCUGAAGGGUUGCUGUUGUGAAAGGUAUGAGAUGUUGGAAGGUCUGUUUCUUGUGUAAUUUUCGGUGUAUAUACAAAUAAAGAACUCUACUAGAGGUUGUGUUUAAUUCGUUGGAUUAA